UGAGUCUCGAUUGCUCUUCCCCUUGUUCCCCCAGAGUGCCCACAGUGAAGAGGCAGGUCUGACACGGCGAUGCGGGCUUUGAAGGAGAAGAUGUACUUAGACAGUUACCGACACACGGUGGUAAGACAAAACUACAUAACCCAGGAGGCUGCUCGGCGCGUGUCUGCGCGGGCGCUGGGCCAAUAACGGCCCAAGAAAAGGCCGUUUCCUGUGGACCGCGCCGACUGGGGAGGGACCUCCUGUCCCUCUGAUAAACGUCAUCUUCCUGGGCCUAGUCGCCCUUUCCUGGCUGUGGGAUCUGGAGCGAUGGGUUCAGUGGGUUUCCUGGGCCGGCACCGGGAAGGCGCGACCCUUGAGCGCCCGCUGGGACCCCCACCUCGGUCCCUGCAGCCCUGAAGCGACGCCGUGGGCCUCGUGUGCGUCAUACACGGGGAAACUGGAUUCCGAGUGCGUUCGUCAGCCGCCGUCACCCGCUCUUGACGGUUGCCUGAGGCGGUGGGAACUACCUCGGUCGCCGCCUCUCCGGACCCGCUACGUCCACAGGGUCGCGUCAUGGCGGCUGCGUGCUUAGACCCAGCGCAGGUGUCUGUGACCUUCGAGGAUGUGGUUGUGACCUUCACCCGUGAGGAGUGGGGGCAGUUGGACCUGGCCCAGAGGACACUGUACCAGGAGGUGAUGCUGGAGACCUGCAUGCUCCUGGUGUCUCUGGGCUGUCCUUUGUCUAAACCGGAACUGAUCUACCUAUGGGAGCACAGCCUGAAGUUACAGAUGUUGAAGAGAGGACUCUCCCCAAGCUCCUGCCCAGGUGACAGCACAAAACCCAAGACCACAGAGCCCUGCCCUUCCCACCAGGCCUUGUCUGAGGACAUCUCACCCCAGGAGCAACUGACUCAGCAAGACUCAGGGAACAGUCAGGUGGGGCAAGGCAAAUACCAAGAUGAACCAUCAGAAGUUCAGGAAGGCUACUACUGGAGACCAGGGACAGAUCUCCCAAGGGAGAAGCUCCUCGUGAAACUGAGCCCUGAAUGUGGCAGUUUAGGGAGAAACAGUGAUCUGCACUCCCUGACCAUGCAGGAGCCUGUGUCUCCAGGAAGCCGUACAAGAGAUGCUUUAUCUGAACGAGAAUCACACAGAACAGUGAAAGGUUCCUUAAUUCAUGAAGGAAAACAGACCUAUACAUGUGAGGAAUGCGGGAAAGUGUUUAACAAGAAAUGUUUCCUGGUCCGACAUAUGCAAGUUCACACUGGAGUGAAGCCCUAUGGAUGCACAGAGUGUGGGAAAACCUUUAGCAAGAGCACCCACCUCCUGCAGCACCACUUGAUCCACACAGGGGAGAGGCCCUUUGAGUGCCUGGAGUGUGGAAAGGCCUUCAACCGCCGGUCACACCUCACGAGGCACCAGCGGAUCCACACUGGAGAGAGGCCCUAUGUGUGUAGUGAGUGCGGAAAGGCCUUCACCCACCGCUCCAAUUUGGUUCUGCAUAACAGGGGCCACACAGGAGAAAAACCCUUUGUGUGCAAAGAAUGUGGGAAAGCCUUCCGAGAUAAGACUGGUUUUCUUCGACACUACAUUAUCCACACAGGAGAAAAGCCCUUUGUGUGUGUGGAGUGUGGGAAAGCCUUCAACCGCAGGUCACACCUCACAUGGCACCAGCAGACUCACAGCGGACUGAGACCUUUUGAGUGCAAGGAGUGUGGAAAAGCCUUUUGCGACAGCACAGACCUCAUUCAGCACUACAUCAUCCACACUGGAGAGAAGCCGUACACGUGCCUAGAAUGUGGCAAGGCCUUCUACCGCAGGUCACACCUCAAGCAGCACCAGCGGAGUCACACUGGGGAGAAACCAUAUGUGUGUGGUGAAUGUGGAAAGGCCUUCACCCACUGCUCCACGUUUAUCUUGCAUAAGAGGGCCCACACUGGAGAGAAACCCUAUGAGUGCAAAGAGUGUGGGAAAGCCUUCAGCAAUCGUUCAGACCUCAUUCGACACUUCAGCAUCCACACCGAAGAAAAACCCUAUGAGUGUGGUGAGUGUGGGAAGGCCUUUAACCGCAGGUCAUACCUCACGCGGCACCAACGGAUUCACAGUGGAGAGAAACCUUAUGAGUGCAUGGAGUGUGGAAAAACCUUUUGCCAGAGGGCAAACCUCAUUCGACACUCCAUCAUCCACACUGGGGAGAAACCUUUCAUGUGCAAUGAAUGUGGUAAGGCCUUCACCUACUGCUAUACUUUUAUCUUGCAUAAGAGGGCCCAUAUUGGAGAGAAACCUUUUGAGUGUAAAGAAUGUGAGAAAGCCUUCAGCACUAGAAAAGAUCUCAUUCGACAUAUCAGCAUCCACGCUGGAGAGAAGCCCUAUGAGUGCAAUGAGUGUGGGAAGGCCUUUAACCGCAGGUCAGGCCUCACACGGCACCAGCGGAUUCACAGUGGAGAGAAGCCCUAUGAGUGCAUGGAGUGUGGGAAAACCUUCUGCUGGAGCACAAGCCUCAUUCGACACUCCAUCAUCCACACUGGAGAGAAGCCCUAUGAGUGCAGUGAAUGUGGAAAGGCCUUUGGUCGCAGCUCAUCUCUCAUUCAGCAUCAAAGGGUUCAUACUGGGAGAAACCCUGUCAAGUAGAAUAGAAAUAGGAAGACCCUUCACAAGUGGAUAUCCUCAAUCUCAAAGAGAACCUCCUGUUGGGGAAAGAUUUUUUUAAUGUGAGUCUUUUGUCAGAAUGUGACUAUUUAUACCAAAGGGAAUCCUCCCUGCCUCACCACUACCACCCCAGUUUUCUUCCUUGUGCAAAAACCUGUUGCAGGAUAUCACUUGUCUUCUAAGGAGUCAUACUAGAAAUUGACUCAACCUAGAAUCUCAUUCUGCAUCUGAGAAUUCAUCCAGAAAUUUGAUCCAGCAAAACCUUCAAGCCACAUCUUUCUCCUUAGUUUACGCUGCAAAAUUAUCUCAGGGGUAUUUAAACAAAGAAGGAGGAGACAUAGAGGCAAAAAGAUGAAUGCAACCACAGCUUCUUUCACAGAUCAGAGGGCCUUGUUCCCUCAUUUGUUCUGUAUAUACAUUCACUUCUGUCAAAAAUCAGGAGAGUCAGGCUUUUGAGGAUGUUUGAAAACACUAAUCAAAAGCCUUUGUUCUACAACAUUGUCUCUACCUGUGAGCAGCCUGAGUCUCUGAGAAAUAUGAAGGCUUAAAUUAUGAAAUGCUUUUAUAUUCAGAUAAAGAUGUACAUAUGAUACAGAAGAAGCCACUCAGACUAUUAAAUUUCUUUUUGAAAGUGACAAACAUAAACACUAAAAAAAUGUACUCAUGAAUUCAGGUUUUUAAAAAUGUUUUUUCAUGUCUUUAACCAUCUAAACCUCAAUCUUCAUCUUGAACUACUUGUUCAUUUUUUUCUCUUUUUUCUUCUGUGGGGUGAGGAUUACAGUGUCACUGUGUAACCUCCCCAGAUGAAUCCUGAUUAUACCCUCUGAAUGAUUUCUAAGCUUCAGUCUUCCCUAGAGAGACUUUCACUUCAGCAAUUUUCUGGGGGUUGAAUUCGAGUCAAAAUAAAAU